AUGUCCCCAUAUGAUCUGGUCUUCGGAAAAGCUUGUCAUCUACCUCUCGAGUUGGAACACAAAGCAAUGUGGGCAAGUAAAAAGCUGAACUUUGAUCUGUCAAAUGCGGGGGAAGUCCGGAAGUUACAGUUGAAUGAGCUGGUCGAGUGGCGAAUGAAUGCCUAUGAAAAUGCCAAGCUUUAUAAAGAGCGAACCAAAAAGAAAGUUGAAGUCCCGCUGGUUUGGGCCAUUCCGCAUCAAGACUAUCUUUCCCAUGGCGCAGUGGAGCUAACAACUGAAGAUGGAAGCAGCGCAUUCAAAGUCAAUGGUCAAAGAAUUAAGCCCUACUAUGGGGGCAAUGUGGAACGACACAUGGAGACCAUCGACUUAGGCAAGCAGGAUUGA